AUGGCUUCGACGAACUCCGGAAUCACCACCGACGCUGCGACCGGCGAGCGAUUCAUCCCUUCCUCCUUGCGUGCGGAUGGCUCCAAACGUCGCGAAAUUCGUGUGCGUCCCGGUUACCGUCCGCCCGAGGAUGUCGAGCUCUACAAGAACCGUGCCGCCGAGGCCUGGAAGAAUCGUGGGAAGGCCGGGGUAGUGCCUGGAGCGGAAGCGUUGAACACCGAGGAACCCAACACCAAGGCCGCCAGCGCCUCGAGCAACAAGAAUGCGAAACGUCGGGAAGCCAAGAAGAAGGCCAAGACCACCCAGGAUGGCCCCGCCUCGACGGACUCGAAGAAUGUGAAGGAUAUCGAGAACUGGCGGGCUCCGGCGGAGAAGACCCCCUCGAACGGAGCCGCGAAAGCCACGGAAGAAGCGCUGGACCCCGAAGCCGAGAAGGAGAAGAAGGCGCGCAACCUGAAGAAGAAGUUAAGACAGGCUCGCGACUUGCGGGACAAGAAGAACCAAGGAGAGGACUUGCUGCCUGAGCAGUUCGACAAGGUCAUCAAGAUCCAGGAACUCAUUCGUCAGCUGGACGGGCUGGGCUUCGACUCGAACGGGGACAAGAAGACUGAUGGCCAAGAGAGUGAGAAGGCCUGA